AAAACAGACAAUUCCUGCAACAGUAGCCUUUGCAUUUUGUAAACUCAUCACAGACGGCAACAAAGGAGUAAAAGUUCCUCUCAACCAAUAAAACCACAAGGCUGCUUUAAAUCAUGAUUAUUCUCAACAGUUCUCACAGGCUGGGAGCAAUAGUGAGAAUAAGACGCUGCCUCUGAGGCCAAUCUUUGAAUAAUUCAGGAGUCAACUGUGCUUUCAGAAUCCAGUUUCUUUUAUGGUGUCUGCAGUCUCGGUUACCAGAUGACUAAACAGUGGCCAUGUCAGCAAGGACACCUGACACACCCUCUGUUUGCCUCUUUCCACGAUGCUUGACUAUUGUGGAGAUAACUGCUAUUCUUCUGUUGAUCACGGGACCAGUGGAGUGUGUUAUCAGCGGCGAAAUGACAGCCUGACAGUGAUGAAGGAAUGACAUGUAACAGAGAUGUACGUGUGCAUCAUUGUGCGGUCCCUGCCGUCAGUCCAGCUGUUCUCUGCUUUUUAUUAUUUGGAGAUUUAUGAGCCGAUGGAGACAAAACUAUCUUUGGCAUCUUCUGUAAUGAACACAUUUGCCUUGAUAUGGCAGCAAACAUUUGAUCUGUGGCAUGGCUGUGUAAACAGUUGUAUCCUGUUCGUGAAGUAUUUGAUAAAUGUCUUCUACCGUCAAUCUCCACCCCUUAAACAAACCACAUUUCCCCCCUGCUGCCUGCAGCCGUGUGUUUAGGCAAACUAACAACCUCUUCUCUGAAAAUAUUUUAAUGAAAGUUGCAUGACCUGAACCACGCCUCCGUAAUGUAAACCCAUGUUAACAUGUUCUAGAAGUGACAUAUUUGGACUUCUAUAGGAAAGACAUGGUUAAGUGAGUCAUCAAAUUAUAUGAAUAAAUAUUGAUUUAUUAGGGAAUCUCCAUGUUGUGAGAACAGGCAGUGAACAGGUGGUGCAUGACAAGUGUCCCGCCUCUUCAGAGCCGGCAUGCAAAUAGUGCCUCAGCAGAUAUCAUUUUACACUUGCUCCUUUGACUGGAGAGGAACAGUCACCAGAUCACAGCUGCUCCUACAAUGAAACCAGACAGCAUGCUGCCAUCACCCGUGACGCAUUGACACUUCAUUCAGUAGGAUCAGUCGACCCCUGAGUGCCGCAGAGAUGCCCAUCGCAGAGCUUCUGGGAGUCCAGUUCGACAUGCAGCUGCUGUUGAAGCUGAGCAUCUCGGCAGCUGUGGUGUUGUUCGCCACAUGGAUCUACAAGUUCUACAACCCCGGGGACGAAAAGAAAACUCCACCUUGUGCCAAAAAUGACAAAAAACCUGCAGGUGCAUCGUGCCAAAACUGCAAGACAACACUUUGUCCUGAAAAGUCACCUCAUCGUGACACAGAAGAUCAGAGCAAGGGACCUCAACCAUUUCACACAAACGUAUCUGCGGGUGACCUGCCACCUGACAACGUUGACGAAACAUCAUUGAAAACUGACUCACGUCAAAGAAACGAUGCGUUGACUCUGCCUUCCGAAGAAAAUGUGAGCACAGACGGAGAAAUGCUCAUGUACCAGAGGCAGACAGAUGUUCACGUCAGUCAUGUCUUUGAUGGAUCUGCUUUGAACAUUCCUGACACAGGAGCCAAUGGAACGCCCAGGUCAUCAGGACGUCGAUCACCUUGUUUUCUGCAGAAGCUGGACGGCGUGGUUGGUGUGGGCAGGGAGUUGAGGCAGGACCUGGAGCACCACGGUACCCAUUCCAGCUUUCUCUCCAAGGCAGAGAUUACAGUUGAAGAUGCCAAUUUGGUGCUAGAAGAGACUGGAGAUCUGAUUGUGCAAGGGAAGAUAUAUGAUUACUAUGUUGAGUCAUCAUCUCACACUACUACAGAUUCAAAGGCUGUUGUGGGUCAGUAUGAGAGAAACUCUGAGCCGCAGCCAGUUGGAAGCUGUGGCAGCAGUCCAACAGAGUCGACUUCUUCUCUCAGCCCUAUCAUUAUGAGGGAUCUGGUUUUAUCACAAAGCACAGCCAAAGAUCUCUCCUCACUAGGAUGUCACGAGCCGAGGCACCCUGCAAGGCCUGCACUCCUACGCAAGGAGAGCUAUCUGUCUGCUGCAGAGCAGUGUGAGCUUCCCAUCCCCUUUGUAAAUUCAACAGCCUCAGCUCCAAUAAUUCACUCUCUGGCCUCGGAGAGCAAUGAGCCACUCUCUAUUCAGCCUCUGAUCACUUCCUCCACUGACAGCAAAGGCCCUGAUGUGAGCCAGCAGGCUGAUCUGGAGACUGUUGCAGGGGCUCCAUUUUUACACCUACCUAUAAAAACCGUUGAUGGCACAGAUCUGGAACACCUGAGGAGUAAGCUGGAUCUUGGAAACUGUUUGGAGAUAUUGCACCUGGCCAAAAAACGAGGGCAGACCACUGUGCAGCAGGCAGCUCUGCAGGUCAUGUCGGACAACUACCUCCAGGUGCUCAGGGACCCCAACAUUUACGGGCAACUAAUGGCCGGUGAGCGGCAACAGAUCCAGAGACUGAGAGCAAAGGGAAGGAAAUUCAUCAUGGUGGCAGAUAUGGACCCUCAAGACUGGACGAGAAACAUAGGGUGGGCUGCAGAGACAGAGCAGAGGAGGACGUCCAGCGCUGUGUACUAUUAUGAUGACUACAAUGACUGCUGGCAAACGCUGUGUCAGAUCCCAGAGGAGGUCAUCUCUAAAGCUUGUGCCAUGUGCACAAUGGACAACUAUUUAUAUGUGGCAGUGGGCUGCCAGGGCGCAGACAGAGAAAUGACACCCUCAAAGCGAGUGUUUUGUUACAAUCCUUUGACAUCCAUUUGGAAGGAGAUCAGCCCCAUGAAUAAAGCCAGACCACGCUGCAAACUGGCAGCGGUGGAUGGCUACAUCUACGCCAUCGGAGGGGAAUGCCUUUCAUCGGUCGAACGCUACGACCCACGACUGGACAGAUGGACAUUUGUGGCUCCACUGCCCAAUGAUGCAUUCGCUGUGGCACAUCACGUCACCGCGUGCCACGGAGACAUCUUUGUUUCCGGGGGGACUCUCAAAUGUAAGCUCUUGCGCUACAGCCCCAAAACUAACACCUGGAGGCGGAGUCUGCUGGUGGGUGGCAGAGACAGAGCCACGGAUAUGGUUGCUGUGGGGCCCUUUCUGUACCGCUUUGAUGUGAACCCGCUGCUGGGCGUCAGUGUGUACCGCUAUCACACAGUGGCUCGACUGUGGUACGAGUGCAGCUCCAAACGCCUCCUGCACUGCCCUGUGUUUCAGUGCGUCACGAUGGAUGAGACAAUCUACUGUGUCAACCGCCACUUCACCAUGAAGUUUGACGCUGAUGAGAUCUCCCCUUCUUUCAAAGAUGAGGAUUUGAGUGUCCUGUCUGCAGCCAAGGGCAUACUUUUCCCCUUUGUCCUCACACUUCCUGAUAAGACGCUCCGACAGACCAGCGUGUGACAAGAAUUCAGUUUUCUGUUGAUUACAAGAUCAGGGAAUGAUGGAGCGUCUGUACAGAAGCCUGCUUUACAUCAAUUUUCUGGUGUUACUGUGUAUUCAACGGCCAGUGUUUCUUCAGUUAUGACCUGCUGUAGAAUUCACCCGCUCAGUUCGUACACAGACUUUGUGUAAUUCAGCACACAGCUUGGGUGAAGUGCUGCUAGUUCAGCUUCUGUAAUUCGUCCCUCUUUCUUCCUGCCACUGACUUCGGUUGCGUCUUUUCUAACCUUUCUCUGCAGCAGGAACCAUUUUUAAACACGCUGCAGAGUAAAUGAGUUCAUUCUACACCAACGUGUUUCAGACAGUGGGCAACAUACACGUAAUUUAUCACUGUGCAAUAUUUUGGCAAAUAUGUUUUCUAACAACGUCAUUAUCUACAGUUGCUCUUUAAACAUGACAGGCUGUAAAUGGGUGUGUCAUACAAUAUUAAUACAAGAGGCUGCACCAGAAAGCAAGUUAGACUUUAGAUGGCUCUGCUCUUCGGCCUGUUAUUCUAUCAGUUAAUCAUUUGAGUUUUAUCUUCACAGCAUUGUUUACUCAAAGCUGGUGGUAGCUACAAGUACCAGUCAGAGUACAAAUAAAUGCCUCUGACCUCCGACCUGUUAGCCAACUAUUUAAGACAAGAAUAGAGUUUCCUAAAAAUCAUGAUUUCUAAAAGAACCUCAAAAACAACCAGAAUUGCAUAGGAAAUAAGAGAAACAACAAUUGUUUGAAAAUUAUAAAUGGAAUUCAAAACUGUAAAAGUGAAAGAGCAAGAGUUGGAGAGUUCAUGGUAAUUUUCUAUAA